ACGAAGAAGAACAAAGCCUUUGAAUGGAAUGAAGAACAGGAAUUGGCCUUCCAAACUCUGAAGGAGCGAUUAUGUACUGCGCCAAUGUUAGCAUAUCCAGUUCCAGGCUCAACGUUCGUCUUGGAUACGGAUGCUAGUGGCUAUGCAAUAGGAGGCGUUCUAUCACAAGUGAUUGACGGGAAUGAGAAAUGGGUCGCGUAUUAUAGCCAGACGAUAAGUAAGCCAGAGAAGAAUUAUUGCGUAACGCGAACGCAUUGGUGAAGUGCAUCAAACAUUUCCAUAAAUACCUGUAAGGACAGAUCACGCAGCAUUAAAAUGGCUUCUGCAAUUCAAGAAUCCAGAAUGGCAGUUGGCACGGUGGAUUGAGAGACUCCAAAGUUAUGACUUCUCUAUAGAACAUCGCAAAGGUAGUAGUCAUGGGAAUGCGGACGCGAUGUCCCGUCGUCCUUGUAAUUUAGAAUGUAGACAUUGUUCGAGAGCUGAAGCUAAAGAAGACAUUAUAGAUGUCCGAUUAAUGACAAUAACUUCCACAGAAGGCUGGAAUCCAAAGGAAUUACGAAAAUGUCAGCAAGAAGAUCCAGAUUUGGAACUGGUAAUGCAUUGAGUGGAGCUGAACAAGCGUCCAACGAGAUAAGAAAUAGGUCGACUUCCUAAACGCAGGUUGCAAUGCAUAUUUACAAUGCAUAUAGUUCCUAAAGUCAUACUUGAAUUUUCUGGCAACGCCUAAUGUUCCUAAUUAGUUGGAAACUCAGUUUUAAGCGCAUCAGAUGUUUAAAGCGUGCAUCAAUUUUAUUUGGUAUGCAGAACAGACAAUGGCAGAAGAAAAAAAGUGGACACACGAGCGGAAGAAGUUAUUAAUAACAACAAGGCUUCGUCAUGAAGCAGAAUUUUCCGGCAAAAAAAGGAAGAGAAAUACAAUUUGGGAGUCGAUUUUAAGGGAAAUGAGGGACGUUGAGAGCUCGUUUCCAUUUUCAAGAGAUGAAAUAGCGAGGUGUUUUCUCAACAUAAUGGGGACUUAUAAGCGUAUAAAAAAAAGAAACAGUACUUCUGGCGAAGCAGCAUCAAAUUGGGAAUAUUUUAGUGAAAUCGAUGAAGUGUUUGGGAGUCGUUCAAGUAUUGAAGUGCCCCUAGAAAUGACCGAGUAUUCUUUAAUUUCAUUGGAAAGUCCCUCCACCACAGCAACAAUUGACGGAAUGGAUGUAACACCUACAACAUCAGUUAAAAGAAAGAGAAAUGACGUAAUCGAAUUCUUAGAGAAAGAAUCCGAAAAGGAAAACGAAGCUAUAAAUAAGCUUAUAAAAAUAGAAAGUGAAAGACUUGAAAUUGAAAAAGAAAAACUUAAAGAAUUAAAGCAACUACGGGCUUUAUUUGAAAACCCAGGAUAGUUUAUAAAUAAUAUAAAUUAUUACUAUUAUAUAAUUAUAAGAAAUAUAUAUAUAUAUAUAUAUAUG